GCCAACAAUGGAAUACGUAGUCAGCUUCCUAACAGCUGUGAUACAGAAGAAAGAAUUCAAAAGUUGUGAAGAAAUGAAGUCCUUCCUCAAAGCAUCAAAGCAUCUGCUUUCGAAUGAGAAACAAAAGAAAGCACACUCUAAGGUAUGAAGGUUAAUAGAGCUGGCUGUCAGCCAAUGUGCCAAGUUAAACUCCUUCUCAAGUACUGGAGAUAAGAAAUAAACAGAAGAAAAUCAAGAUUUCAGCUAAAGGGGAUAAACCAAGUAAGAAUAAAAUUAAAGCUAAGAAAUAUUCCACCUCGGAUGAGAAUGCAAAAUCUAAGUGUAGUAUGAAAAAACUAAAGAAGUUUAAAGACCUUAAGAAGUUUACGAUUCAGAUUAAAGAAAAUUUCGAAAAUCAGACGAGGAAUAACGAGUCCGAUGACUGUCUUAGCACUAUUAAUCCUAAUAAUCCUGAAAAAUAAUGUGUUCCACAAUAAUGAUAUUACAAUAAAAUUUACUGAAGAUUUAAGAGAAGAAACCAAUGAGAAUCCCAGUCGGAAAGGUUCGCCUAAAGUAGUACCAGGGCAUUUCAAAACUAGAUCACAGAAUAUAAAAUCAGCCCACGAGCUUGAACGGUUUCAGAGAAAGCCUCCAAUGGUAAAGCAGAGGCCUAGCUUUGAGGACGACAUGGAGCCUAUAACUCUUGGAGAAUAUAUGACUAAUGCUAAAAUAGCGAAAGAGCAGAAGCACAAACUUACUGUUUGACAUACUCGGAGUAACAGUAAAAAGAGAUUAGUCAAUUUCUUCAGACCAGCUUCCUCCAAAGAAACUCCAAACCACAAAAAUAGGAUUGAAAUGAGGGCUGAGUUCAACAUUCAAAGUUUACUUAAAGGCAAGAAAAAGAAAGAGAAGAAAGCACAGGCUCAUGAAGAUGAGCUUGGAGCUAUCUUCACAAAGAAAUUUCUGAACUACAAGACUCCUCCUCCAGAACUUGCUCAGCAGAUGUAUUUUAAGCGACAGUAG